AUGUCGAGCUCUAAACUUGUCCUUCUUAUCCUGGUCAUCGCCUGCUUGCUUUUCAUUACCUGGGCACGCCCUAGGUCGAGGUCUUCGAUAUACAAUGAGGUUAAUUCCUUGCCGGCCGAGAGGAGGAUGAGCAACGAAAUCAUGGACCAGAUAUCGCCCUUGAGGGUGCCACAUAAAAGAGAGUUCUUCCUGAAGAGGCGCUCCUUCGCCAGUCCAAAGAUGAUGAUGUCCAGGAGUCCGUUCCUCGAGCGUUUCUACAAUCAGCCGGUACCCGAGAUUGCUCCUGGUGGAUCAAACUACUUUGGCAAUAACGUCGAGCCGCUGUCCACCUUCGAGAUCCUGGAACCAGAAUCAUUAUUUUAG